AAUAACCUCCAUGUCUGGCAAAGCAGUCGCCUUUCUUCUUCAUUUCAGUGACUCCUACUUUCCCCGUUUCUCUGUUCUUUUCUGCACAAUCAAUGGCAUUCGCCUCAAUUUUGGCUACUGAUACAUCUUCGAUCUGGCCGGAAAAGUUGCCGGUGGGCGACAACAAUUCCGGUAAUGGAGGAACAGAAGCGAACAUUCGAUGCGGAGCGAGCUGCUUGAACCAUUCUUCUUCAAGAGUGGCGAUUUCUUCUAGCAUAGUGAUAUCAUAUGUUGGGGACUCAAAUCCUCAAGAACAAGAAGUUAGAGCGGCUCAAGUGGCUAAGCCUGGGAAUUGUGAUUAAGGGAAAAAAUGAGCAAAAAAAAUGUUAACUUCAUUCAUUAUCUGUUUAUAAUAUUAAGGUGAAUGAAUACUAUAAAUUCUUUCGAACUUUUUGAAAUAAGUGAGAAUUUUCACA